AUGGACACGCAUGUCAUAGAUUGUAUUCUAAAGCAAAAUAAUGCGUUUCAGCCAAAUUUCAAUGCCAGAGAAGCACAGGAAUCGAGCUCAGAAAUAAAUGAAAGUUUAGAAAGCGAUUAAGAAGCAUACAGUGUAAAUGUUACUAAAAUAAAUACUCUAAGUUCUUCCAUAGAUUUCUCUUUAUAGUCAUCUUAUAAUUAAACAAACAGAUUAGAUAAUUAAAUAUAAUUCGAAGAAUUUGAGCUUGAUGAAUCCUUGAGCAAUGAAAUUUCUGAUAUUUUUACAAGCAACAACAGCUAAAUUAGUUAGAAAAAUAAAGUGAAAUAAGCUAGUAUAGCUCCUGCAGGAGGAGUUAUCUUGAUUGAAGAAUAAAAUUAAAUUAUAGAAGAUUAAUAUAAAGAUACUCAAAAUACCAAACAGAAUUCAGUAUAAGUUAAUCAAAAGCAAUUUAUGAAAAAGAGCAGUAUUUAAGAUGGAGUUCAAGAAUAAGAUAAGGAAGGUAUAAAAGUUGAUCCUGCUAUUGAGAAUAUUCAGCUUAAAAAGGAAAUAGAGAGUUUAAACUUCACUUUAAAACAAUAAGAAAAAGAGAAUUUCUACCUUCAUCAAAAUAUUAAAACUCUGAAAGAAGAAUUGUAUGGACAAAAGUUAAAUGCACAAAAGAAACCAGCUUAUGAAGAUUAAAAUCAUUUUUUUUAAAUUAAUUCAAAUCCAAUUAAAAAUUAGAAUUCAUUCAAUAAAGCCAAUGAAAAUUCUUCCUUGAAAAAUUCUGCUGAAAAAAAAUAAUUAAAUUUACAAUAAAAACACGAUCAAGAAGCUGCUUCUUCCACAUAAAUUAAUAUGUUAAAUGAGUAAAUGCAUGUACUUCGAAACGAGAUGAGUACAAUGAAAGAAAUGUAUCUUGCUAAGCUCAAAGAGUAGACAUUUUUAGUCGAGACCUUAACUAAAAAGCUUGGUGAAAAAGAUGAAUUCAUACAAAAAAUGAAAAAUAGCUACAUUAAUAGCCUAAAUUAAUCUAAGAAUUCAUAACUAAUUUAGUCAUAGAUUUAUUAGAAUUCAGCAAAUUAAUAGCAGUAAAGUUCUCAUUUAUUGCAAGAAAGUUGCAUUUCGGAAUUAAAUAAACCAAUGUCUAUACAACAAAGCAUAAUAUCUCAAUAACACUGCUUGUAGUAAUAGCAGUAAGGAUAAUUGUAACAACACUUCAAUAAUACUUUUGAUUAGGUGAAGCUUUCACAAGAAUUUGAGCAAUUAAGAAGAGAUAUUAAGUUUUCAACGAUUGGAAAUAUAAGUCCUUUUUUGAGAGAUGAAAAAGUGGGAGGAUUAAGAGAAGAUCUUUUAAGCACAACUUCUAAUCUAUAGCAAGGACCGAAUAGCAGCUCAAAUAAUAGCAAUUAUUGUAAUUAAAGCACUAAUAAUUAUAGCAAAAAUCAGAUUUAAUAAUAAUCUCCUUUCAACUAAAGCAAGUACCACAAUCUUUCUCACAUAUCUAACUUAUCUAACAGAGGGUAUUCAAAUGAGUUUAAUCCUAAUAACAGCAUUAACGGAAAUAUUGCCUAGCAUAAUUCAUCAUAGAUCCAAUAGUAAAACUAAGGAAGCAGCAGUAACAUUACGGUUGUAAACCAAACAGGAAUGAACUGUAAUAAUAGCACAACUACUCACAUGACAUCUACUUCGAUUAAUUCUAACAAUGUAAAUAUGAACAGUAAUAUAAACAACAGUCAUCCUGGUAGAAACAAAGGAGAUCUAUUAAAUUAAAAGAGAAAUUCAUCAUUCACUAACUCCUCAGCUAAUGCAUCAAACAAUUUGAAUUAGUCUUUAUUACAUUAAACACAAAAUACAAACAAUCAGAAUGCAAACAAUUCAAUACUACAAUUUACACCUGUAUCAAAUAAACAUUUAAAUUAAUCCAAUUCAGGCAGUUAAUAAAAUAAUCCUACAAUGGCAUCUCAAAAUACUCAGACUUAAAUGUAGUAAACUUCAAAGUAGCAAUAAAUUACUUUAGAUUUUAGAUUGACUUUCAAUUAAAAUGAAUUAUUCAAUGCAGCUUAGACUUAAUAAUAGUAAUUUGCUAUUUUAUCAUCUCAAGAUACAUAAAAUACUUCAAAUCAUCAUAACAUUGAUCCUUACAUUCAAGAUGUUGAGGAUUCAAAUUAAUCACACCACUUUGCAAAUAGGUAAACUCAGUUAGCUUCUCAAAUCUGCUCUCAAUAAAAAUAAAAUCCUUAAUUACUUUAAAAUAACAAUCCUGAAAACCAAACAAACGAUUAGAAACCCAAAGCAAAUUCCAAUGAAGUAUACAUUUAUAAUGCAAAUUACCCCAAACACAUUAUUGAGGCAGAUAAUAAAUCAAGGGAUAAUAAUAAUUUAAGCAAUUGCAGCAAUAACUUUCCUCUAUCAACAAAAGUUUAAAACACAAAUAAUAGUCUUGCCAACAAGAGCCUGAAAGAAUAACUAAUGAACCAACAAAUUCUUUAAUAAAAGAAACAAUAAAUUUUGUAAAAUUAGCAGUAAUAAACUUAUUAAAAUUUAAUUGUAAAGAGCAAUAAUCAAGAUCUGCUAAAGAACCUAAAGAAAUAAUCUGGUACAAAUUAAAAUUAAAACCAACAACACUCGCAAUAAAAUCAAAGUUCACCAAAAAAACAAUAAUCGAGAUCUUAUCACAUAUCUUCAAAUUAGAAUUAAAAUUCAAGCAAUAGUAAAGCUCAAUAAAAUUGUUUAUAAUAAUAAAUAUAAAAUGCAGCAAAUCCAUAGAUUUAAUAUUAAGAGUAUAUCCCUAAACUUAAUAAUAAUUAUAAUUAAAUGAACAGUCAAAAUUCCACUAAAAAUCGUAAACAAAACAGCACUAUAGUUUAAGGGUUAAAUUCUUGUGUUAGUAAUCUAUAAGAUAACACUAUUCCUAGCAGUACAAUGAGUUAAAAUAGCAAUUUUUCCAAUAAUUUACCUAUUUUUAGAAGUAUUAAUAACGAUUAAUAGAAUCAUAACUCAAGCUGCAACAGUAAUUAGAAUGGUUAUAACCCAAAUAACAACAGUUUUAAAUUCCUUAAUGGUAAAAACAAUAUUAAUAAUAAUAUCACAUCAUAAAACAACUCUUCUACAACCUCAAAUAAUGUAAAUUAAUCUUAAGUAGAAAAGAAGAGAUUCUUACAAACUACAUAGAUAUCUUCUUCCCAUAAUAAUCAACCUGCAUCUAAUAAAUUUUCUAUGAUUGCAAGUCCAGGUAAAUAUAGUAACAGUAAUUCUGAAUAAAAGUAGCUAUUUUUAAGAACUUAAUAAAUUUAUCCUACAUCUUCAAGUAAUAACAACAAUAAUAACAAUACUAGUAGCAGCUAGCAAAGGUAGAAAAGUUUAGCAAUUCCCUCUUAGUUGAGUGUUAAUCAUACUAAUUAAUCUUAGCAAAGUUCUUUAAAAGUACCAAUGAGUGCAGGAGGAGCUAGAAAAAAUAAUUCUCUAAGCAUAAAUAGCUAAAAUACUUGCAAUAAUACUAACCUAAUACCCACAAACUUCAAUGCAACUACUGCUCAUAGCACAACAUCCUCUCAUAGUAGUGCAUAUUAAAAAGGACUUUAAGAUUUGUUUAAAUUUAACUAAAAUGAUAAGUAAAAAAAGUUAAAUGACUUCUUUAGCAAGACUCUCUAAGUGAGACCUGGUGAGCUGAAAAGCUUAAAUGAGAAUCUUGGAAGCUAUUCAAAUUCUAAAAAUGCAGCUAAACUUGUUUAGCAAAUGGAAUUCUCUUCUUUGGAUGAUGUUGAGAUUUAGCUGGAUGAUUUGUAAAUAUUGAGCAAUUAAAUAAAAGAGGUGUUGCAAAACGAUCCACUCAAAAAAAAUACAGAAGAAAGAAUUCAAAAAGGUAAUUAAUUAAAUAAUGGUCUGCGUCAAAGUGGUGGUUUAAAUUCUUAAACUCAGCAGUAACAACAGUAAUUACAAAACAACAACAACAACAAUAGAAGUUAAUCUGAAAAUCAUAACUACUAAAAUCUAUAGCAAUAAUUUUAAUUGCAUCAAUAGUUAAAUAACUGCCUAAAUUCUUAAAUAGUUAACGCCUAAUCAUAAUAUACAACAAAUCCAAAUAAAAAGAUACCAGUUAAAUCUCAUGAGUAUACCUAAAAUAUACAAAAUUGUCCUGAAGAUCAAUAAGGUUAAUUAUAGCUAAAUAAUUAUGUUGCAUCAAAUACUACAAACCAGAGAGUAAGACCUCCAAAAAAUAACAAUUUUAUUUUCAACGAAAAUAAUAAAUCUAUACCAUAUCCAAUUGCAUAAAAUCCAAGUGGAGCCUCAACUACCUCUUCAGCUACUUAGCACUCUAGAAAUUUCAGUGCUAAUAAUGUUAACAAUAACAAUAAUAAUAGCAAUUUGAAAAACUCUAACUAUAAAAUCCAUAGGAAGCAUCUAACCCUUUUAAACACUGAUGAUAUAAGCUCUAAAAACUAAGGAAAUUACGCUUAAAGUGAAAUUAGCACAUAAAAAGCUGCUUUUAGUGAUAUUCAUAAUUUCCAUAAUAAUAACCAAAAUCAGUAUCACUAGCUAUAUUGA